AAGAUGAAGAUGAAGACGAGGACCUCGAUGACUCGUCUGAAAAUAUCGAAGAAGAAAGAGAUGUAUCUCAACCUAAAGAUCAAGUUAGUUUCGGCGGUGUUGAAGUGAUUGAAAUUGAUGCAGCUGAAAUUGGUAAAGACUUGAAUUCAGAUGGAAGUGAAGAAAUUGAUAGCAUGAAUGAAGAUAGCGAAGACGACGAUGACGAAGAGGAAGAAGAAAACGACGACGAAGAAGAGGAAGUUGAAGAUGAUGACGAAGAUGAAGAAGUAAAUGAAGAGGAUGAAGAAGAUACCGAAAGUGAUAGAGAUGCUCAUUGUGUUGGAUAUUGUCUUCUGUCAGCAAAAGGCAGCUGCAUUCCCCAAGCAUGUGAAAGAAGUUGCGAGUUAGAUGACGAAGAUUAUGAAGAUCUUGAAUUGUAUUUAGCUAAAAGGUCAAAAAGAAAGGCAUGCUUGAACGAUAGCUCUGACUUCAGUGACUAUGAGGUUGAAGAUUUAAUUACACAAGAGUUACGUAAUAUGGUGGCGGAUCUUAGUUCAGAUUCAAGCUCAGAAUUGUAUUCUGAUUCUGAAGAAGUAGAUUCAAAUUCUGAUUUGGAUUCUGAUUCAGUUUGGGAUUCUAUCUCUGAAGAUUCAAAUCCAGAUACAGCUUUUGAUGCUGCUGUCGAUGAGGCACAAUGUUGUGGAUACUCUAUCCAACCAAAUCCAAGAAAGAGAUCAUUAUGGGAGAUUGAAGAUAAUGAAGUAGAUUCGGUUGAUGAACCUGCUAAGAAAAAGGAAAAGAAGGAAACUUCAUACGUGAAAGCUUUUGCCAGAGAAGCUGGAAAAGGGUUAUUAUAUGUAUUAGCAACUGUCGUAGCUUUAGGAGUAUAUGGAGGUACUAUCUCAUCCCAAAAGUAGGACUAAAAGUCUUAGAUUUUUCUUAUAUCCUCAUUUUGCAGCUAUUUAAUUUGUUGUUUUAGCUCCCAUAAUUUUGUUUUAUUUUUAUUUUUAUUUGUUUGUUUAUGAUUAUGUUUGGUUCAUAAUACUAGUUUUUGAGUGUUGGUUUCAGUUUAGUAUUUUAUUUCAUAUUAGGGAAAUUUAUCAUGGAUUGGUUUUCCCCCAGUUGCGGGUUGUUAUUGGAAUUAUUAUUUUUAUGUUUUGUUGAACAAAUGGCUCUUAUCUUUUUUUUAUUAAUUUAAUUGUUAUUACCUCUUUUUUUUUAUGUUACUAGUUACAAGUUAUUCUUUGAAAUGUGUUUUUU